AUGGCUGGCAUUCUCAGUGCAGUGGGCGUAGCCCUAGUCGGCGCUGCCUCCAGCUACUUUGCCUACCAGAAGAAGAAGCUCUGCUUCAAGAUCCAAGGAGCUUCUCCUGUAGCGGACCAGGCGUUCGUUACCCUAGCAACCACUGAUGCUUACUGCAUGGGUGCCCUGGUGGUUGGGAAGAGUCUGCGUCGCUAUGACACCAGCCGGAGGAUAGUGGUCAUGGUGUCCCCCAACGUGUCUCUCGAUGCACGGCGUCCGCUGGAGAGUGUGUUUGACGAGGUGCUACAGGUGAAUGUUCUGGACAGUGGUGACCGCGCUCACCUGUCCUGGCUGGGCCGUCCAGAGCUGGGGGUCACCUUCACCAAGCUGCACUGCUGGACCCUGCUCCGCUACCGCAAGUGUGUGUUCCUGGACGCCGACACACUCGUGGUGUGUAAUGUGGAUGAGUUGUUUGAGAGGGAGGAGUUGUCGGCGGCUCCAGAUCCCGGUUGGCCCGACUGCUUCAACUCCGGAGUGUUUGUGUUCCGGCCGUCACUCCACACACACACCAGGCUACUGCAGCACGCAGCACAACAUGGCAGCUUUGAUGGUGGCGACCAGGGCCUUUUGAACUCCUUCUUCAGCGACUGGGCAGUGACCGACAUCAAUAAGCACCUCCCCUUCACCUACAACCUCAGUGCCAGUGCCUUCUACACUUACCUGCCUGCUUUCCACAGAUAUGGGCACAAUGCAAAGAUUGUCCACUUCCUGGGCGGGGUCAAGCCUUGGCAUUGCCGCUACAACCCACAAGCCAAUCAGGACUCUGGCUCUCAGCUGGACCAAUACGUGAAGCUGUGGUGGGAGGAGUAUCUCAGACAGACCCUGCCCACUGGGACAACUCCUGAUCCAAGAGAACUCUCACAGAGGAAACAUAGUGUUGUGGUGUCAGGUGUCCAGACGCUGCGUGCUCCUCCUGGUGUCCAGGUGCAGGUGUUGGACUCUUUGCCUCCUGAGGUUCGCGCUCCGCUGCCGUCCAGACCCCCGCCAGCGCCCACAGACCUGACCAUCCACGUGCUGCCGCCUGCCGCACCCCCGACACCCCAAAACAUGCAUACAGGUUUGGAAGAGAGAGACUCUGAUUGGUCAGGCCACCAAGACCCGCCCCCUGGAGAUGGAGGCGGAGACUCAGGGGCAGAAGCAUCAAGCUCCGCCUCUCAGGCGUCUAAUGAGCAGCCAGUGGAGUCAGAGGAGGAGAAACAGCAGCACAGGCGUCUGUGGGAGGAGGGGCACAUGGACUACCUGGGCAAGGACGCCUUCCAGAACAUCAGGAAGAAGCUGGACCGCUUCCUCAAAUAGCCCUCCAAUACACACACACACACACACGCGCACACACACACACACACACACACACACACACACACACACACACACACACACACACACACACACACACACACACACACACACACACAAACACACAUACACACACACACACACACACACACACACACACAUACCUCCUGUUGAGCUACAUGUACUGUACUCUUAUCUACAUUUAACCUGUUACAUUUUAUACUUUGUGUUUGAUUUCAUCAUAAUUGUUCCAUUAUAUAGUAUGUAUAGUAUGUAUGAGACUAAUAAUGCAUAAAUACACACACAAAUAAGAAACACAUUAAUAGCAUAAAUGGACACAUAAAAUAAUUAUUAUGAUUAUGACUCAUGAUUCUCCAUUCACUGUACAUGUGUGAUAUAUGAUGGUCUUUAACAGAGAUAAUUAUCUUAUAGGACUCUAUUUGUGUGAUUUACUGUUACUGGGAAAG